GCGUGUAAUCCCGGAGUUCAUACCAAGUGGCCGCCUAGGACGCCAAUGGAUCUGAAACAGACUUUCAACAUCGCAGUCGGUUGACUCUAGACGGGAUGUUUAAUCCCCCGCUUGACACUGUUCAGAUGAAAAUCCCACUGCAACCCCCACAGACAUCAUCGAGGACUGAUGGGUCAAUGUCUCAUCGUCGCCGGCACUUCUUGUUCUAAGCACCAGGAAGCAGCCAGAUCAUCUUGUCUAGACCGCAUUUCUACCAAUAUGCUCGGCCGCCGUCGGCGUUACACCGGACAGUCGUGGUUGAGAUGCAGCCAGGAAAGCAACAAGGGCGCAGGUCGAUCAUCGACUCUGCUGUGCUUGACAACCAUGCGCAAUAGUAGACAAACCUGCCGUCGCCUUUGGGUUGUCUAUCUAUGUUGCCUGACAAUAUGGCAGGUCGGACCGGCUUGGCAUCUCAAGAUCUCAGGAACAGCAAGGAGAGCAUCGAGAUCGACCGAGGCGAUCAUUCUCUUAACUGACACGCUUGCCGCUUUGCGGGAUAGUCUAAUUGUACGAGUCUGAGCGUGGCUUGCGCGGGCUUUCCACCUCGCAUCCGACCCUCCUUCACCACAUGCGGUAAGCUGUCAAUACCUAAGUUGGUUGAGCUGGUUUGCGGGAGCUUCCCCUGACCGACGCGGCCAAUGUAGGUGAGUAGAUAGGUA